AUGGGCUCGAGGACAAGAAUCUUAGCCCUGCUAUUCUUCGGAGUGGUAGCGGUGGGAACAGGGGCGGGCAUUUUCGAAGUGCAUCGAGAGCAGAAGCUGGAGCGUCAAGCUUUGCAUCAGGGUGUCAUCCGAGACCAACAUUUGCUUGCUCUCAAGGAGCAACAGCUUCGGCAGGACGCCACUCCCGAUCGUUGA